AUGGAUAGACCUUCGAGUCACUACCAGCCGACAGGACAGGCUUCUGGUCGGAGUAGUGCGGCCGUUUCCGACCGGCACCGACAAGCGAGUGCUAUAUGCGAGUACUAUUUCCAAGACCUUUGGGGCGUCACGAAGCCGCCGCCAAAUGCGAGUCGUUUGCACGAGAACGCGAUGCAGCUUGCCGCAUGUCUCCAAACUGUAGGAGACACACUCGUGAGCAGCCAAGCGGAACUGGAAAGCACACUUGCAAAGCUGCCCGCCGGGCCUGCCCCGACAGAACCUCAAGGGGGCGGUACCCCCGAUGUCAGCCCCUCAGGGGGUGGGCCCCCAGGGGGUAGGCCCCAACAAAGUGCAUAUAGCGAGUUAUGGGCGGAAGACCCCUUUGCAGGCAUCCCGAUGAAGUCUAGCAGCAAAGAGCAGGUGAGCAGUAAGGCUGUGUUCAGCGACGACCUAUUUGCGGACGACCCGUACCCAAAUCCGUACCCGGGUCCGACGGCGGGGGGCUCUCUGUACGCGAAUCCAUACGGCAGCACGCACUCGGACCCAUAUACGGAGAAGAUCAGUGGAGUACGGACGGGUGUGGUAGACUGUUCGCGUUUGUCCUUGGUGUCUUUAGCGAUGCGGUCCGCGGCGGACGCUCUGGGGCAUUUGCCGCCGGUGAUUUCGCAGAAUUUGUCGAAGGAGAUGGGCGGAGUGGCGAGUGCGAUUUACGGCCGAGUCGCGCGUGCGGUGGAGACAGUUCGGAAUAUGGAGACGACGGACCUGAUGGUGGAGCCUUUUUACGUGGUGCAUUGUGCCGAGACGCGUAGUCGCGCGGCGGUAUUGAUUUUGAUCCGGCGUUUCGAGGAGUAUAAGUUGGUGUUAGUCGACCCGUCGGUGGACAGCGAACCCUACAGAGAGCGUUAUGACUCUCUACUAUACCGUGUCGUGCCCCACAGCGUCUGGGAUUGCAGCGCCAAUGUCAAGGCGCUGCAGGACUCCGCUUUCUGGACCGUUCUGCUUUCUCUCGGAUGCGUCCCUAACCCCAAAAAUACGGCCACGCUCUACACCGUCCUUCUACCGUUCGUCGGUCGCCGGGUCUACAGACCCCACGACCUCCACUUCCUUGCCGACCCCGGCCUCUCGCCCAACGUAGCCAUGGCUAACUGGCACCUUGCAGAACUCGUAGGUUGCGUAUUAGUCGAAGAACUGCUCGGACCCGAAGGCUUACCCCGUGGCACCGUGGCCGCCGUACAAGUAAGACUUUGGUCCAAACUGGCCACUGAUCUUGCCGCCGUUGGCGACGUCAGCCGGACACCGCGCAAAAGCGGGUCCCGCGAGGCCGGACUCCGGCAGGCCGGGUCGCGCGAAGCGGGGCUGUCGAGCCAGCCGCGGGAAGUCGCGGACCUAGACUGCUUGCUGGACGACUACUUGGAGAUCCGAACGUUCCUCAGUCGGCACAUCUGCUACUCCAUUAAGCGGUGGCAAGAUCAGUUCCCCAUCCUCGCGGGCGAGGCUCAAAUCCUAUGCGAACAUAUGUUAAGGGAGGAGGCUCCUCCUACGGGCUCUUCCUACGUUCAAGACACGAUGCUCAGAGGAAAAUGCGGUCUGCCGCUCUUUGGAAUGCUCAGCUGUCAUCGGGCCAGCAUGCUCUUUGACGGCCCCCGAAACUUCGUGGGAGGCAUUGUAGCCAGACCCGACCUAACUGCACCGGAGCAGUGGCGCAAGAAAAUACUAGACGGGGCGGAUUUCGCGCACGCCUUAAAAACGGCACUUGAAACCCUGGCCAACAUUGAGUAUCAAAGAAGGUUCAUCAAACAUCACAUGUGGCUAUGUUGGUCCCUAAUGGAAGAUUUUGUGCUCAGCGUUAUUCCCAUGGAAUUCAUUGGCAUCACGGCCGUGAUAAAAGAUUUGUCCAGAUCUGACCAGCUCAGCAUCGUCGCCGACCUCGUUGAUUUACUGCGGUUUUUGUCCGUUACAUAUGUAAGAAUUAUUUCCUCUAUACCGUCACAAAAUGAUAUUGUCGGCUUCCAAGGGUCCAAAGCCAUCGUAGCUAGCACGCUACUUUUAUUGAUGGACAGUGUGAUGCGCCAAGUACCUUAUGACAACGUUGGAGCAUGGACAACAGUAUACAAAAAGAACUAUUCUAUCGGCAUCCAUGGGAUUGACGACUUGACUUCCUUCAUACCCUCCACUGAUCCCGCAGUCCUGAGGGCUCGGGUACACGUUCUGGAUGUGCUCAGACUGUCGGUUGGAAAGAUUGAAAUUUUUCCGUUUGAUCUCUUGGGCCCGUGCUACGGCGCAAAUGAGAUGAAACUUUGGGAGGAGAUUAGCGAUGUAAUCGGAUUUAUGCCCAACUGUCCUUUGGCAGACAAGAGACAGGUUCUUGCCAGUGUCAUGCAAAACGAGAACCACCAUCUCCAUUCCUUAGUACCCGAAUGGACGCAACUGAGAAAUGCCGUAUUUAUAACCAAGUUUAUUCUUAACACCACUGUCGCAAACUCCGCCCUACAGAGCAUGUCGCCUACAAUGACGGAGUCGAAUCCGAGCUGGAGGUUCGUAAAAACAGAAAAUGGACUGCAACAUUUCCGAGUUACCUUCAUGAACAAGGCCGGACGAGCUGUUGCCAAUUGCCUCUUUACCAAAAUACAGCCACAUGGCAGCACCAACAAUCUCCUCGUGCCCGUCUGCGAGUGCGAGAGGACCGGAGUAUUCGCGUACGGUGAUUUACGAAAAGCGUUUGACGAGCACACGCGUGUGCAAUCUCAGCGAGUCCGGCAGCUUCGCAAUGAAAAAGGAGAUCAGGCAACAAGCAUCCUACCGACGGCGUAUGCUACGUUUAAUGCGUUCUCUAAAUACAUCACCGGCUUCUGGGACUCGACUGCGGACGAACAAUCCGUUGAUAUGACCUCUGUUCCACCAGGGCACCUUUUCGGCGACAACGUAUCAUUUAUCCAGCAAGGCAUCGAUCAGGGGGGGCACGAAACGGCGUGGGUGGCCUUGGCUCAAAAGGUCAGUAAGGGAAUUCGUUACGAGACCGAUAUAUUGAAUUUGAAGGCUAUUCCGAUUCUUCAUAGGGUGCUUACUCCGUGGGAUACCGAAGUUUUCUUGGAGCUUCUGGGAUCGCCGUACAUUCGCAUUCCCUCGUUACUUGCGUUCUUUGCGCACGGCGCGAGGAUUGAGGCGCUGGCUAGUCCCCAUAUUCAGGCCAUACUUUGGACUGCUAUAUUCGAACCGGGGUCUUGGAAGUCUGAAGAUUUGUUGUCAAAGGAAAGCGGGAAGCUGAUGUUGGGGGUCAAGUAUCCACCGGAGUCCGACUAUCACGCCAAGGUUUACAUGUCUACCCGUAUGGGUUUGUUGAUGAACGAGCUACUUUACAACGGUUCGAAUAUAAUUCAGAGUUUAGUGGAUCUCAUGCGGCAUACGUACGACAAGGAGACGGGAAAGCUGGACCUGCAGUCCAAUGCCCCGAUUGUCGCGCUGGGUUUUGUGGUCCAGCUCGCAACCAAGGUGUUGAAUUUCGUGCGCUACAUGUCGGAAGAGGCGGAAUUCCUCAUUUCGCAAUGGACGUCUAGUCCGAUUUCGAACACGACGGACUGGAGGACGCACUUCGCACGUCUAUACGAGCGACUGAGUCAGCCGUUGCUCUGCGAGAUCACGCCUGCACUCUCCAAAUGGGCGCAGGACGCGACGGCCAAGAAGAAGAUCGUACUCGCCGUCUUCACACGAUCGCUGGUGGUCGCGGUGCUGACGUGUGUGCGCAAACAGAGCCACCUGACCAACUGCGGCGAGAGUUUGUUCUUUGUGCUCGCGCACCGACCGUUCUUUCACACAGAAGCGACUUUCGAGACGAGUGACGCCCGCGCGUUCGACCAGACGGAGGUGGGCAGUGAUGCCGAGGAUGAGACGGGUGUGCCGCGCGCCGCGGCCGGCUCUGGUUCGCAAGAAGCCAAGACGCCGAGCACUCCCUUGGGACUGGCGUUGAUCGACAUCUUCAAGUGUUUGCACGCUCUUCGCACACACUUCCUGCUCAAGUGCGAAGUCCCGCUCCGGCCCUGGGGCCUGGCGGAGGCCCGCAGUCGAAGCCAGUCGCCCGUGCGCGGAGAGCCGGCGCUGGACGGCGCCCUCGAGGAGCUCUGGGACAACGACCCCGAGACCGGCGACGUGGCGGUCGCCCUCGAGGAGCAGGAGACGCACCGGCGUCAGGCCUCGCGCCAGACCUUCUGCGACAGCGUCUUGCGCGUGGUCGUCGGUGGCGACCCAAGUUUCGCCGCGAACGCGGCCCAAGACGGAGACGCUCAGACCGGAAGAGGCGACAGCGGAACCGGGGAGAACGGAUGCGGGGAGAGUGGAAGCGGCCAGCGCACGGCUAUUUGGGAGCGCUCCUCGGAGGCUUCCGCCGGGCGCGCCUCGCCCUUCCGCGCUCUCUCCGGUUGCUACUGGGGGCGCUACGUGCGCAAGACCGGUGGCAGUGAGACUGCCGUCGAGAUCGACUACCAGUUCGGCGAAAUGAGCUUCCUGCAAAGGGGUUUCCAGAUCCUCGGGGACUGGGCCUGGGAAUUCGACGACUUCCGCGAAGUCGUGCUUCCCCGCGUCACCGCUAAGACCGGGGCGGGCAAAGACGGAGCGAAAGACCCGGGCGCCGCAGGUGCCGCGCCCAAGAGCCUGCCGUCGGCGCCGGGUUCGGCGUUGGGUUCGCCCACGCCAAGUCAGCGGUCGAGUGCGGAGGAGGCGGGCGGUUCGAAGCCGGUGUUGCACUGUGCGACGUUGACGAACACGGCGGACAUGUUGCACAUUCGUCUGAUCGGUUUGCUGGAGUACGACUUGGUGCGACUCAAGGCGAUGAGUUCGGGCAUGUUGGUCACGGAGCGUACGGACCGUUACUUUGCGGAGCGUGAGGCAAGACUGAAGGAGGUGAUGAGGCAGUUGCAGACGCUGAAGGAGUUGUCCGAGCAGCGGCCGAAGAAGGGUUUAGACGCGGCGCAGAAGAAGGAGUACAAGAAGUUAUUGGGUGAGUUGGAGGAGUUGGAGGCGACUGUGACGCCGGGCGACGUGUUGAAUGCGGGUAGUUGGACGACGGCGAGUUUGGUGCAUUUGUUGUGGAACGGGCCGGAGUUGCCAUUGCUAAAGGCGUGGAAGAUGGGGAGUCCGUAUAAGGACGUGCCGUUUUACGAGACGCAGAAGGGUGACCAGAAGAGUGCUGAGUUCCGGCGUUUCCUGUGUUUCAUAGAAUGGUUCAGUCGCGAUUCGUUUGUGCCGUUUCCACCGACGAAGACUAUCCGUCCAGAGAAUGUGCGAGAGGUGGUGUAUGACAGAGUGCGGGAUGUGGUGGAGGUAUUUGCGUUGGUGCCUUUGGGCAACCGGUUGGUGCGGCAGUGCGUGUACAACUCGAACGGCGACUGGUCGUUGGGGUCGUUGCGUGCGGCGUGUGUGUCUGAGUUAGCAGCACCGGCGAAGGGGGCGGGUGCGGCGCCGUUGGCGAACAAUUUGUUCCUCGGUGUGGGUGGCGAGAGGCCGCGGGUGGUGUGCAGUUGGGGGACGCCGUUGAGUCGCGAGAUGAGCCCGCACGAAAC